GGAGGCCGAGACACGUGAUGAUGACUAACGCGACUUCGCCGAACAGCCUCGCUAAUCCGCGGCCUGCCUUUGACACCUGAUCUCUUACCAUCAAUCAACGAUGGCAGAACAUCCGUCCUUCACCCUCGCUGGUCUCCUCUCGGUAGGCGGAACUGCCGGCUAUCUCCGAACGCGUUCAGCACCAUCUCUCGUCGCAGGCCUCGUACUCGGUGCCUCAUAUGGCUACUCUGGCUACCUGAUCAAAGAGAAUAAGGACUAUGGCACAGAGCUUGCGCUGGGGAACAGCGUGGUUCUGCUUGGAUCAGCGAUCCCAAGGAUCAUCAAGACGGGCGGACGGGCACCUGUUCCGAUUGCCCUUGGUGCUACGGGACUGCUCGCGACUUACUACUAUCAGAAGAAAGUGCGUGAGUUCAGGUACGGCGUAUAAGCACUGUCGAGACGACGUUCCUUGUAGAAUAGUGUACAAUACCUCUGCUCGGCUACCACACUCCCAACGCCAGCACUCGCUGUGCAGGGCCGCGAAUGAAAGCUCAGCCCUUUUGACCUUCAAAAAUGGCCCGUCUUUGGAUAACCUUGCUCCAUGACAUUAUCUAAUGCUCGCCGACCAAGUUCCGGAACGGUUCGAGCGUGACAUUGCAUUUCGUCUCCUCUUUCCACCCUGGGCUUGAACUCCUUGCCAUUGCAGGAAAAACUGUGACUGGUGUUCUUACUCAUUUACUAAUCUGCUAGGGCCGGAAGUUCCCACGUUGUUGGAGUGAAGCCUCGAAGUUCGCCCUGCCAGUCACCGCGGUAUCGAUCAAGGAACUACAGAUGCCGCCCAGCAGAUCCCUCGUAAAGAUG